CAAAUUUAUUAGUGGAUGGUUCUUGAUUACAAACGAUUCACACCUGGAGAGAACAUCAAGCCUGGAACACUGUGGAUCCUGGAACAGCUACCUGGGAUAAUAGAAUCAGCCGACAUGUCUGUUUUCUUACAAGAGAGCACCUACUGGGCCAGUUACAACAUACCGUAAGUGCAAACGACAGAUUUAUACCAUUUUUAUUAUAGUUACAUUGUAUUAUUCACACGCACCUAAUUCGCACAAUUACAAAUUAAUAAAUUAUAUUAACCAUAAUUAGCCCCUGCUAAUAGGAGCGGGUAGUGCGAUUAAAUUUAGACUGAUAAAUUACAUAAAUUUUUAGUAUUUAACAAAAUAAACAAUCUAGUGAAAAGACCUUUCCAGUAUUCCAGCCCGUAUUCCACUCCAGUGAUGACACACAAUGAAACCAGGCCAAAGCUUGUCAAAUUCACACCCUGUAUAAAUCACUGAAUUUUGUCAACUUGAGUCUCUACUUGAUUACACUGGGUGAAGGUGAAGCCGCGAAUCACCUUAAGGACAUGACCGAAACCUGUAACCUCGCAUGAAAAGUCUCAGGGACCCAGCGUAUAAGUUGGUACCUUUGUUUACAGAAAUCCAGUUAAAGGUCGAUUACAGCCGGCAAGCAGUGUUGAAAGGAUUCAUUACUGAAGAUUAUGCCAGUGACUAAGACUGGUGAUCGCCUCAAAGAUCGUCCCCAGAUAAAACCUUUAAAUUCUGAUGACCCUUAGGGGCAAAGAUUUUUGAACGCAUAAUUUAUGACCAGCUGUAUAAAUACUUGAAUGAUAGUAAGCUACUGUCAAGUCACCAAUCAGGCUUUCGUACUAUACUCACUCUACCGUUACUGCCUUACUUGAAGCAAAUGGUAGUUGGUCAUUGGAUAGUGACCACGGCAACAUUAAUGCCGUUGUCUUUCUGGACCUCAGAAAGGCUUAUGAUCAUACCUUACCGCUAUCUUAACUUUACUGCUACGGUAUAACCGGCCCCGAAAGAGACUGAUUCAGGUCAUAACAACUUAAUGCUCGUUCACAGUCCUGUGCAGUAAACAGCUGUGAGUCGGGUAAGACAAUUGUCACGAGUGCUGUGCCCCACGGGACCAUUUUAGGCCCCUUAUUAUUUUAUUGUACAUAAAUGACUUGCCCAAUUGUCUGCAUUAUUCUCAACCGAGAAGGUAGGCCGACGAUACAGGCAUUACCUACGCUAGCAAUGACAUCAACGAUUUUAAUGAGAAGCUUAAUUAUGAUCUGAUCAGGGUCUAUGUUUGGCUUGUAGCUAAUCAGAUAAGCUCACGCUAAACAUGAAAAAAAACUGAGUUUCUCCUCACUGUCUGAAGACAAAGACUAUCUAACGUAUCGGAGAAACCAAGUAUAUAUUAUCGUCAAUGAAGCUCCAGUUAAACAGAUUUUAGUUCCUAAUUGUAAAAAGGUUGCUUCUGGCAUUACUGCAAUUAAGUGCGUCAGAAACUUUGUUCCUCGUGAAACCCUCCUCACUAUUUUUCGCGCUCUUUUACAGCCUCGCUUCAAAUACUGCAGCACGGUUUGGGCAAAUUGUAAUAAGGGCCUCCAGAAACUACAGAAACGUGCUGCUCGUAUAAUUACUUCUUUAAAUUACGAUGCUAGUCUGGAUGACCUCCUUCAGUUACUCAAUUAGCAUAAAUUUGAGCUGCAGCGUAGAGUCGAUCUAUCUAUUCUUAUGUAUAAGGGGCUUAAUAAUGAAACUCCUGAAUAUCUGAGCUCGAAAUUUAUAUUUUACGUAUGGACUCAAGGCUAUAUAACUUAAGAGAAAUACGGUGAAAAAGAACAGGCAGUGCCGCUUCCCCGUACUGAACACUUUAAAAAGAUUUUCAGUUAUAGUGGAUCAUUAUUGCGGAAUAGUUUGCUGGAUCAUUUAAGGUGGGCAUCGUCACUGACAAGUCUCAAAUCAAGCAUUCGUUGCCACAAUUUCGAAGAGUAAGGUUGUUUUUUAUACGGCGUCCUUGUAAAGCAGGACGUUUUCCCUCUUUAACGCUUAAUGUUAGUUUAAUUUAAGUAGAUCCAAUCUUAUAUUCUAUCGUAUAAUAUCAUUCGUUGCUAGUUUUUUGGUUUCUUUUUUCAUUCCUAGUAACUGCUUGAAGGACUUAACCGUUUCUAAAUAAAGUUAUCUUGUCUUAUCCUCUAAUCAAAUGGGUGAACCCGUAAAUGAAAACAUAAAGUAAAUAUAUUUAGAUAAAAUGAAAUUUACUUAACUUUGGUUGUUUUUUCUUUCAGGUAUUUUCCGUACAUUUACAACAUUAGUGGCACCAUGGCGAGUUACAAGAAGUUUGGUGCAUUUUUUAGUUAUGCGGACUGUCCUCGGGGACAGAUCUUCAGACGUGACCACAGCAAAGUUGUUGACAUGGAGACUAUGAUGAAACUCAUGAGGCAUGUAAUAGUUUAUUUCCGGUUACAUGGUUCACUCUGUAACGACGGGAAAGCGUUUUCCUAGUUUAUCUUGGUGGGAAUUUUUAGAAUUUUCAGCGAGAAUGUCGUAGUGGCGGAAACAAGAUGUAAAAUGUUAGAAGGUUUAAAAUUUGCGAUCGGGAGAGGGCGUAACCUCCUUCAAUAAAGAUAACAGUGCUAACCUUUCUGAUGAAAAAAGUGCAGGAAAGCAUUCCGGAAUGUCUAUUUGUUUUGCGAAUACGCGAAAAAAAAUCUCGCCCUCGUAGUCUUUCUCGUCUUUGAAUCUAAAGGUCUCUAUUCUCGCUAAAACCCGUUAGAGAAAGACUGUGGCUAUCACGUUUUCCCACCAAAAUGACGCUUAUUCACGCGCGCGCACUACGUAUUAUUGAGAAAAUCUCGUUCGCGUAGUCGCCUCUUCUUGGAAUUUAAAGGUCUCUAUCAACGUGCAUCAAAAAUAUCGUCUCUUUUGUUUUCUGCACAGAUUAAGCUUAGAAACUGUUUUGGUAUUUCAGAUACAAUGACUUUAAACAAGACCCUCUGUCUCGUUGUAACUGCACCCCACCUUACAGUGGAGAGAAUGGCAUCUCUGCUCGCUCAGAUCUUAAUCCCGCAGACGGAAAAUAUCCAAUUAGUGCACUGGGACACAGAAAGCACGGCGGAAUUGAUGCUAAGGUACGUCUCGCUUUGAUAUUAAGUUAUGUAUUUUAGCAUAGACAGACGGGGCUUAAAGCAGGCUAGAGAGAAACUGAGUGAUUGAGAUUCUGAAGAAACCAAAAUUAACUGAUUUUCCGAUGGUACUGACUAAUCAAGUUUAAUACAAUCAACUGGCAAUUCAGAACUCAUUUUGAAUCUGAAGAUGACCAGCAUACAGGUUGUCGAAACGCUCGUCCGGUCAUCAAUAGAGGAUUCAGCUGAUUCAGGACGGCACUCACUCAGACGGUCUUUAAUACGGAGCUUAAGUAAAGGCGUUUUUGAGCGUCGCUCGUCGACCGGAAAUUAGAUCUUUUUCAUUGAAUGAAUGAAUUGACAAAUACCAAAUUUGUAUUUCUUAGUCUCUUUCGUAUUAUAGACACGAUUUGUCAAAACCUUGGGCAAAAAUACCGCUUAAGAAUGAAAAAAGUCCACUUCCAAGCUGACGUGCGUCGCUAAAAAACGUCUUUGCUUAAAUUCCCUAUUCUCGCUUGCAGCCGACGUCUCGCUGCUGUUUUCUCAGGCUACUACUGUAAAGAAAAAUAAAGAUUGCACGAAAGACGGUUCACCCUCAAUCGUGACGCUCCUGGAACAAACACUGACUGCGCACGCUAGCUCUUACUUACUUUGCGGGGUUAUAUCAAGAGAAUAGUGCUGUUUUAGGUCAAUUCUGUGCUUAACUCGUUACUUAGAGUUUUUACCCAUACACGUACUAUUCCUAUAUAGUUAUGAAGAAGAUAUCAACUGGCAUCAGGGAUCACCAGCCACAAUAAUAGCUUUAACCCUUUAAGCCCCAAUAUCCACAUACAAAUGCUCCAAACUGAUCUCCAUACAUCUCCUUUAAGAAUUAGUUGGCAGAAUUUGAUAAAAGAUCAUGGAAUUUUCUCUAUGGUGAUCAUUUUAUUAAUUCUCAUAACUUUAUCUGUUGACAGUGUAUGGAUAUUGUUAGGAGAAAAUUGUUGUUGGUCAUUAUUGGGACUUAAAGGGUUAAAUUACAAUUUUAUAAAAAGUUUCAUUCCAUGUUUAUCUUAGCUAUUCAUUGCAAAACACGACGAUUAAAAAGAUAGCAAAUAGCGUGACAUAGCCUCAUUAAUUAAAUAUCUUUUUUUCCCGUGCCUGUUUCUUCAAAACAACCACCCAUGGGAGUAAAUGGGAUUCUUCCAUUCUCCAUUUUUCACAUACAUAGACCAUAAUACAUCUUGUUUACCUCCGCUGCCCCCGCCAAAAAAAAAAAAUGUGUGCCUUCGAUUUCUCUGGGGAUGACUGUAAUAUCCAGAUGAAGUUAAAAGCAAUGGUUAUGCAAAAUUUGGAGGCGGGGAGCAAGGUGCUCUGUGGUCUAUGUGAAAAUAGUGGAUGCUUCAUGUACUUCAUCGCAGCGGAUUCAGUUUAAGGCAACGUGUAGCCUAGACUAUAGACUACGAGUAGUCCCCCAUUUUUCCUCAGAGAUAGUUGAGCGUGCGAAACGCGAGCGCGCGUGAAAAUCACCCCACGCGAGAAAAGGCGACACGCGGCGGGGAGAGAGAAUGGAUGUGCUUAAUUGAUUUGGAAGGGGAUACGAACUUCACACUCCAAAAUCAGUCGGCCGUGAAGGGUCAAAAGCUUGGGCUUUGUCUGUAGUCCCUCAUUUUUCUCUGUCGCCUUUUCUCGCCUGGAGUGAUUUUCACGCGCACUCGCGUUUCGCACGCUCUACUAUCCAAGAGGAAAAAUAGAGGACUACUCGUAGUCUACCUAGACUACGAGCAGUCUCUAUUUUCUUCGUCCAUCGAGCGAAACGCACGAGACACGCAAAUGACCACCCGCGUAACUGAAGGCGGAAGAGGCUCGACGCUUGCGCGCGCGUGCACUCCCCUCGCUAAAUCUUAAGGAAGAGAGAGACUGCUCGCAAUCUACGUGUACAGGAGCCGAUUGUCAACUCCUGACGUGUAGCCUUCCGUGAGCGCAAAUAAAAAUAUUUUCCUUUUUGCGAUGAGGCUUUGUGUUUCGCUCAGUCUCGUUGUUAACCUAUUGGCUUGAUAUGUGUUUAGAUAACAAAUUCAAAGAUGAUGAAGGAAUUGCAGUGCAUGGCGGUCAGCGGUCCUACCCAUGAUCAGCAGCCUGUAUUCAAGUGGAGCACAUCCGGUUGGAAACGUCCCAUGGGGCACCCCGAUGCGUGGAACUUUGAACCUCUCAUUGUCUCUUGGGAAUAACACGUUCAAGCUAUAAGGAAUUCUUAUGUUGUUAAACAUGCUGAAAAGGGAACUAAGGGCCUGUUUACAAGGAGGGGGGGACCCCGGUCUAGUGGGGUUGGUUUCUUUUGUUUUCACGCUCUGGGGGACACAAAACAAAAGAAGCCUACCCUUGUAGACCGGGGUCCCCCACUCCAUGUCAACAGGGUCUUAGAAGAGUGCAGUCCAAAAAAAAUACACCUUUAUUUUUUUCUACUCUAUUCUGUUCUUUUGUUUGCUAAAACCCUAUUAAAAAAAAAAAAAAGAAAAAAAGGAAAAAAGAUGGAGGCCGGGACUCGCUUUAAAGAGAGUAGCGGUUAUUCAAAAAUAGCCUGUUUCAUGUAACAUUUAAUUUUUGAUAAAAAAAUUGCACGCAAAAUUUCACAUUUGCCGUCGAAGCUUCGCUUCUCGAGCAAAUGUUCAUUUUUCGGACAAUCUCUUAGUUGAGGGCAUUAUGCUGGUUUUCAGUGUCCUCCAUUCAAAAUAAAUCAAAAUGAAAAUCAAAACCAUUCGAUAGAUAAAGUCCAGAAUCUGGGGAAUGAAAGGAGGUAAAUUUACAAAGACCCUCGCCAAGAUUAGGGCCGAAGGAAUAAUUCGUAUACGAGAUAUCCGAGAAAAUGUUUUACCCAAAUUUAUAGAGCUUUGUAUGGAGACGCCAUGCGGGAGCUCAUCUGGAUGAGCUCCAACAUGGCGGACGGAAACCAACAGAAACAUCUGUUGCCGAGUUUAGCUACAAAAGUAAUACUUUUUCUAAUACUCGAACUGUUUAGAUAGCAAAAUUCAUCGAAAAAAGUCACUUUUUUAACCUAAAUGACAGCUAUCUCGGCCGUCAUGUAAAUGCUGCGUCACGCAAAAGGUUAGAAAUUCAAGC